AUGGUAGGGAGAGGGGGAGGAGGGGGGUUGGGGGGGUGGGGGUGGGUAGAAUAUGGGUUGUGGGAGAGGGAGGGUUAUAUGGUUUUUUUUGGAGAGGUGGAUAGGUGGAAAAUGUUUUUGGGGUUUGGGUUGUUUGUUGUGUUGGAAGAGGGGGUAGGGGGGGGGGGGGGAGAGUGGGGGGUGGGGGGGGGGGGUGAGGUGGGGGGGGGGGGGGGAGGGUGGUUUGUGUGUGUUUGUGUGGGAGGGGGAGGAAGGGGGGGUGGUUUCAUGGAGGCGGACUGUGGAUGUUGUUUGGAGUGUGCAUGGGUGGGGUGUGUGGUGGGGGGUGGUUGGUGUGGGGGGGGGGGGGGGUGGAGUGGUGGUGGUUGGGUUGGGUGGGGGGGGGUUUGUAUGGGGGUGUGUAUUGGGGUUUUGGUUGGUGUGUGUGGUUGGGGGGUGGGGUGGGUGUUGGGGUUUAGUGGGUUGGGAUUUGGGUUAAGGUGUUUGGAGGGUAAGGGGUGGGUGGGGGGGUGGUUGGUUGUAUGGGGGAAAGUGGAGAAUAAUGUGGUGGGGGUUGGGGGGGUUGGGGUGGGGGGUUUUGAGGUUUUGAUUGGGUGGUAUUUGGAUAAGAUGGGUAGGGUGUGUGGGGGGAUUUAUAUGGAUUGGGUUGUAGGUGGAGGGUUUGUGUUGUUUGUGUGUGGGAGUUGGGUGUGGGGGGUGGUUGUUUGGGUGUGGGGUUUGGGUGAUGUUUGGGGGGGGUGGAAUGGGGGGGGAGGGAUAUUGGUGAAGGGGGGGGGGGUGAGGUGGGGGGAGUGGUAUGUGGGGGGGGGGAUGGGGUGGGGGGGGUUUGGGGGUGGAUUUAGGUUGGUGGGGGAGGUUUGUUGGUGUUUGGGGGGAUGUGUGUGUUGGUUGGGGGGGGUGUUGUUUUGUUUGGUUGUGGGGUUGGUGGUUUUUUGGGGUGGGUGGUGGGGGGGGGGGGGGGGUGUUUUGGGUUUGGGGGGGUGGGGGGGGGGGGUGGUGGGGGGUUGUGGUAGGUUGGGGGGUGGUGGUGUGUGGGGGGGGGGGGGGGGAUUGUGGGGUGGUGGUUUGGGUAGUGGGGGGUGUUGUGGUGGGGGUUGUGGAGUUUUGUUGUUUGGGAGGGGGGGUAUGGUGUUGUUUGUAAGUGUGAAUUUGGUUAUGGUUUUUGAAGUUGUUUGUUUGUUUUGGGGGGGGUUGAUUUGUUGGGGGUGGUUGUUGUUGUGGUGUGUGGUGUUGUGGGUGGGGUGGGGGGUGGGUUUGUGGGUGGGGGUUGGGGGUGGUGGGGGGGGGGGGGUGGGUUGGGGGGUGUUGUUUUUGGUGGUUGGUGGUUGGUGGUGGGGGUGGGUUUUUUGGGUUUUGGGUUGGGGGUUGGGGGGGGGGGUGGGUUGGGGGGGGGGGGGGGUUGUGUGUGAGGUUGGUGGGUGGGGGGGUUGGGGUGUGUGUUGUGGUGUGUUGUUGGGGGGGGGUGUGUGGUGUGGUUGGGGUUGUGGGGUGUGGGGGGGGUGUGGGGGGGGUAUUGGGUGUGGUGGGUUGGGGGUGUUUUUAGUGGUGUGUGUGUGGUGGGGAGUUAGGAUGUGUUUUGUUUGUGGGUGGUUUGGUUGGUUGGUUGGUUGGGGGAAGGGGGGUGUUUGGGGGGGGUACUUGUGUGUGGAUAUAGGUUUGUUGGUGGUUUGUGUGUGUUGGGGUUUUUGGGUGUUGUGUGGUUGGGGGUUGGAUUGGUGUGUGUUGUUGGGUGGGUGGUGGGGGGUUUUUGUGGGGUGGUGGGGUGGUGUUUGGGAUGGGGUGGGGUUGGUAAGUGAGUGGGGUGUUUUGUUGUGUGGUGGUGGGUUGGGUGUAGGGGGUUUUGGGGUGGGGGGGGAGGGGGGGGUUGGGGGUGUAUUGGUGGGUGGGUUGAUGUUGGGUGGAAGUUGGUUGGGGGGUGGGUGUUUGUAG